AGUUGUAACCCCCCUUCUCAGCUGAUCUAUCCCCUCAUUACUGUAGCUCUGCAUUACUCUCUCAAAUGCUCAUUUCAGGUUAAGGUGUGACUAAGAUUGGAAAUGUACGGAAGAUCUUCGUUAUAUAGGACCGGGAGUUUCCGGGUGGAAAAUGUGGGGCAGAAUGUUCUAGCUUUGAUUGGGAACCUCUGUUUCAGUUUGUUUGUUCUUGGUGUUUUGAUUUUCACUUUACUUGCUACAACUUAUGAGCCUGAAGAUCCUAUGUUUAAUACCUCUAGGAAAAUCACGAAAUUUCUGACAUCUGAAUCGAAUGCUACCUUUACGAAGGAUAAUACUAAUGUUAGGACUGGUGAGGAUUUUAUGCCUUCGCAUGAGACUGCGUAUGGGAAUUUUAUUAAUGUGAGUGAUGUUGAUUUAGGGGAGAUAAGAAUGGAUGUGAAUGGUGAGGAGGUACCUGAGUUUGAUUGUAAGGCGGAGAUGGGGAAGCCGAUAGAUUGUAGGGAUCCGGAGGUUUUUCAUUUGAUGAUGACAGCGGCUAUAGAGCGUUUUAAGGAUAUACAUUUUUAUAAGUUUGGGAAGGCGGUUCGUGGUAUGAAUGAUAGUUCAUGUCAUAUGGCGUGGAGAUAUAGGCCUAAUGAAGGGAAGGCUACUGGAUUUUAUAAGGAUUAUCGGGAAUUUGUGGUUCAUAGGUCGGAUGAUUGUAAGUUGAGUGUGGUGGGGAUUGGGGGAUAUCAUUCAGGAUGGAAUGCGAGGAAGAGGAAGAAGAAUCAGAAAGGAGGGUUUGAAAAGAAGCGAGGAGAGGGAGAUCAGCAGGGUAGUGUUGUUCCUAUUUUUGGGGAAAAUGUGAAUGAUACACUGCCGGUUGUUGAAUCUGAGGAAUCGUUUAGUCGUGGGAAGUACUUGUUUUACUCUGGUGGUGGAGAUAGAUGCAAGAGUAUGGAUCACUAUCUGUGGAGUUUCAUGUGUGCACUAGGUGAGGCUCAAUACUUGAAUAGGACAUUGGUGAUGGAUAUGAGUCUGUGUUUGUCUUCGAUUUACACUGCCUCGGGUCUCGAUGAAGAAGGGAGAGAUUUCAGAUUCUACUUUGACUUUGAGCACCUCAAAGAAUCAGCUUCUGUGUUAGACCAGGGUCAGUUUUGGGAGGACUGGAACAAAUGGCACAAGAGAAAUAGAUUAGGACUCCACCUUGUAGAGGAUUAUAGGAUCACACCGAAAAAGUUAGCUGGGGUGAAGGAUAGUUUAGUCAUGAGGAAGUUUGGCUCAGUGGAGCCGGAUAAUUACUGGUACAGGGUUUGUGAAGGGGACACAGAGUCCGUCGUCCAACGGCCUUGGCAUUUGAUAUGGAAAUCCAAACGGUUGAUGGACAUCGUGACAACCAUAACGACAAAGUUGAAUUGGGAUUUUGACUCUGUUCAUGUUGUUAGAGGGGAGAAAGCAAGAGACAGAGAUCGUUGGCCUAAUCUUGCAUCAGAUACUUCACCUGAAGCUCUCGUAUCGACCUUGCAGGACAAAAUUGAUUAUGGAAGGAACUUGUAUAUUGCAACAGAUGAACCAGACACGACCUUCUUUGAUCCUCUAAAAGACAGGUUCAAAUCUCAUUUUCUUGAUGACUACAGAGAUCUCUGGGACGAGAAUAGUGAGUGGUAUUCAGAGACUACCAAGCUUAACCACGGUGUUCCUGUUGAAUUUGAUGGAUAUAUGAAGGCCUCCGUUGAUACAGAAAUUUUCUUGAGAGGCAAAAGGCAGAUCGAGACAUUCAAUGAUCUUACUAAGGACUGCAAGGAUGGUGUCAAUACCUGCAGUUCGGCCAGCUGAUGACUAUAUUGAAGGUGCACUUAUAACGGGACUCUUCUUGUACUGUUUUGCUCUUUGGAACUUUUUGAUCUUAAAUUGUGACUGAGAAAUCUAAAUAGCAGUUGCACAAGUUCUGAUAUAAGGCGAUGUUCUCUUGCUACUUGCUAGGUGUUCUUGGUUGUCAUACAUCGUUUCGUGUUCUAUUCAA